AUGUCUUCUUUCCUGUUGAGGUUGUUUGAAAUCUUGAAGUCUCAUGUCCAGUACUAUGGAUAUGCAGUCUCUGAGAAAUGGCUGGACUGGUUUUUGGAGAAGCUCAAAUCAGACAAUCACAAUAACAUAGAUAACAAGUCAAAAGAAUAUUUCAAAGGCCUUGCAUACUUGGCAGACAUCGACAAUCUUGGAUGGAAACAUUGCUUCAAUCCAAACCGUGGCUCAGUCGACAAUGAAGAACCCAAGGACAUUCCGAUUGACACCAUCCAGGUGCUCUACAUGUACUCAGAUGAAGAAGGUUCUAUUCAGAAGCCUCUCAAUGAGAAAAAGAUUGAGGCCAUGACAGCAUUGCUUGGACAUGGACCAGAGUGGUGGACGGGUUGUUCUGAUUGA